AUGCUCGGUAUACCUAGCACAACAAUGUCGGAGGACUACUAUGUGAACGCAGUUGCCCCUCCAGGGCAGUAUAUGCGCCACCUGAGCGAAAGCACCACAUACCUGGAUGUACAAGGACCAUUCACAGGCCCAGGAGAGUACGAUACCUACUUCGAUGACACGAACUCUCUGGGAGCUGGGAGGGAGAACUUCGGCCUCGAGAGCUGGAAUACGGCGUCCAGCAAGCCGGCGAUCGUCAACCGUUCACAGUGCACUUCGAAGUGCAACGCUCAAUUCCCGCGCGCGACGACCAACCAGGCGACGAUCAGCUCCAGCACCAACACCGGUGGGCCAAUUCAGUCAAAAGAAAGUUGUAAUGCAUCGCUAAUACACGCACUAGCCUUUCCAGCAUACGACUUUGACUAUAGGAUAGCUUAUCCGCACAGGAUAGACGAAUUCGAAAACGCUACACCGCCCUUCCCAUACCCGCAGUCGCUUCCAGGAGACAUGACGGACGUCGGCUUUAAUAGCAUUAAUCAACAAUUCCGUAGACGUCCGCAGCUGGGCUUCGACGAGAGGAGCUGCGGACAGUUUGCAUCUAAGUCAUCUUCUCGUCUUCAGAAGCCUCGGAAUAACAUUGCACCUACGGGGCUCACUCUUCCGCAGGAUUCAGCCCAAACCUUUCUCUCUCCAGAUCCGCUCUACAGCGCACAGCCUCAAGUUCUCCCCGAUUUGAAGGGCGCACCGGUGCCAGGUACGAAUCUGCUCAGACUCAGCCACGCAUGCUUUCUGGGGACCAUACCCCUUCCAGAUAUGGCAUUUCAUGCGCCUGGUAUGGCCAUAUCUGCAAAGACUGAGGAAGUGCUUCGAAGACCUGUACCAGAGUACAAGGCUGGGGUCACUUCGGUGGUGGAUGUAUCCAUGUCAUCUGGUAUGUUGGCCGUCCAGCCCUCUCUUACUGUUAUUUGGCCUUAG